AUGGCCUCUCGUUGCCUCGGUAUCUGUUGCCCUCUUGCCAGACCUAUUCAGCGCGCCACCAUCCCGCCGCCGUACUCGGCGGCGCUCUCGUGGGUAGAAGGCCCUUGGGAUGCCGGUAAGGUUUUGCGCCAGCGUGGGAAUGUAGUGUGCUCCGCCGCGCAGGGGCCGUCCACCGCAACCGGCACGGUUUCUGCUGAGCCAGCGAAGAAGGAAGCAGAUGAGAAGCCCAAAAGGGUUUCUCCGGCGAAGGCCCCGGCGAAAUCUUUGCCGGAGAUGAUGGAAGAGGACGUCAUCCCAGCUCUGAGGUCGAUACUCGAGGCUGAAGAGGAUAUCUCUCAGAUCGAGCUCUCCUUCAACGAUAACCGGGUUGGUAGUCAUGAAAGCUUGGUUCCUUGGGAAAUCAUGGAGCUGAAACGUAGCCAUUUCCAAAGAUUUUAUAUGGAAUCGUUUCUAGAAAUAGAUCAUAAUUUCUGAUUCCCAGUUUCUUAUAUUUGGCAUUGCCCUUCGAAACCCAGAUAGUUGAACCUUCAAAAGAUUUACGUCUCCUGAAAGGCGUUAUCUAGGUCUUGCUAAAUAAUUUUCUCAAACUAGAAAAUCCGAUGGGCGCGCAAAUAAUCAUGAGAAAAUCCAGCCAAUUUUCUAUCUUACCGUAAAUAUUCAUCACGUCGGCAAAUAAAUGUUAUUCAUCCCCUUAAAAGUCCCUCGAUUAAUCAUUGAAAGUUCUAAUUUUAUUGUCUGUGCAGACGAUUCCUCCUAUACGUUUUCCAUAUUCGGUCUUUUUUUAGAGAACCCAGGACAUGCAGUCAUUACAUUCCUAAAUUUUCUUGAGGAAGAGCUUGGAUAUCUACUCAGCUAAAGCUCUGAAACUCUCUCUCUCUCUCUCUCUCUCUCUCUCCGUCUCUCUCUCUCUUAUCUCACAGUUGGAAGGGUCCUUCACGAAGAAGGAGAUCCCAUACUACUUCUGGGCUUUCUUCCCCGACGGAGUUCUCAAUGGUAAGCCUCUCUCUCUCUCUCUCAAGCCCCCCCCCCCCCCCCCCCCCUUCUUCCAUGCAUAUCCUCUCUUUCUUACUCCAUGAAUUGAAUGCCAGGUCCAAGGGGAUUCUCUCUCUCCUCGUACGGUUCAGAGGUCAGUACUGUAGAGCCCUUCCUCAUCGACGAGAAGAAGAUCACCCCCCGGCACGUUGUCUUCUGGGUUGAGAAGAGGCUGGCUGCCCAAGGGAUCAUCCCCGUCUGGAAAGAAUGA